UAGAGUGGAAGUGACGCUAGUAUUUUCUUUCGCCCUGAGAGAGCGAGGCAAGCUGGAAAAGUGGAAAACGGUUGUGUUGCAGGCAACGUUAGCCAGCUAGCUUGUUGCCUCUCACAAAUAACUGUUUUUCAAAACAUUGCAAACAACCUUAACAAAUGAAUGCACAUUCAUUCGCAUGUCUUUUAUAUCAAUAACCUCAGCAAACACGUAAGCAAGUGGGCGCAGAGCAAGAUGGCCGACUCUGAACUACACAUGGAGUGUGAAGAGGGGGACCUGGCGCCAUGGCAACAUGCCACAGAUGAGGAAGGCGAGGAGCUGGGGAUGAAGAUGGGAGGAAGUGAAAGGCCGGCCCCAGCCCCAGCCCCAAACCCGGAGGAGCAGACCAUUAUCCUGACCCUGGUCCCAGUCUCUCCAUCAGCCCAGCCCCUGGUCCAGGCCUCGACCCACGGCUCACCAGGGUCCAUGCUGACAUCCAGACCCUCCCCGUUCCUGCCCCAGACCUCCUUGUCUCCCCUGGUCCUGACUCCCGUCUCCUCAUCCACCCAGCUGACCCAGCUGACCAAUGUCCCCCUGAUCAACAGCCCUCCCUCUGGCCAGCCAAUCAUCCUCAGCACCCAGUCGCUCCAGGCAGCGUCCACGGGCCAGAACAACCAACUGGGAUUGAUCCUGAACGGCCAACCAAUCACAUUUCUUCCGGGUGGGCAGGGGGCAAAGCUGCUAGGCCAGCCCAGUGGCAUGGUGAGGUCGUUGGGCAGCAUCGGGGCCAUGAAGGGGCUCAGCACGGUUCAGAUCCCCAUCACCCUCACGUACCAGAGCUCGUCGGGCUACCAGACCCUCAGCAGGGUGGCGUCGGGAGGCAUCAGCCUGCCCUCCACCACCCCGGCCCUCCACAGCACCACCCCCAUCAUCACGGAGGUCGUCUCAGUUGGCGCCUCAAAUCCAGCCGCUGCCAAGACGUCCUCCAUGCCAGCCUACGGCCCAGCACAGCCCCCACUGCAGGCCUCCUCCUCCAGGUCCCCCUCCUCCAGGUCCCCCCAGGCCAGCACCAGACCCAUCACCUCCCCCCGGCCCCUGAAAGGACUCAUGGGCCCUGCCAAGCCCAAGCUGUGUCAGCGCUGCGGCGUCCACUACAAGAUUGUCAACGCUCUCAGGGGCUUCCUGUGUAGGUGCAGUGACGAGAUUGCCCGGAGCCUCAAAAAACUCAACUCGCCCAAAUCCUACAAGCCGACCAAGUGUAAAAAAUCGGCCUCCAAGCGGGCCCGCUCCUCCUCCAGGGACUCGUCCUCCUCCUCCGACGCCUCCAGCGCCUCCAGACCAACGAAGAAGAAGAAGAAGAAGAAGAAGAAGGGCGUCCAGAGGGAGCCCGCCUCCAAACAGAGGCGGACUGCCGUCCAGACGGCCCUCUCGUCCCCGGGGGAGCCGCCCAAGAAGAGGGGCAGGGGGCGGCCGAGGAAGGGGGAGAGCCUGGGGUCCAGGGGGAGGGGGGAGGAGGGUGCCGUGCGGCCGGUGUACGGCCACGCCGGCACGCCCAUCCUGGAGGCGGGGGCUCUGGGAAAGCUGAUCAUCCUGGUGGAGGACUUCUACUACGGCACGGACCGGACCUGUCGGCUCGCUGAGCAGCCGGAGAGGCAGCCCGGCUGGUUCAAGUGUAUCCACUGUGACAAGAGCUUCCUUAACAAUAUCAAGUUGAUGGCCCACAUGAGGAGACAUGUAGAGCUGAGUCAGCAGCACGAUGACGUCGCCGCCAACACUUCCUGUCAGCACUGCUUCCGUCACUUCCCCACCCCGUACCGGCUCCAGGGACACCUGGAGUCUGUCCACGGACAUUACCAGAGCACCAGUAAGUGUAAGAUCUGUGAGUGGGCGUUUGCCAGUGAGCCCGUCUUCCUUCAACACAUGAAGAACUUCCACAGACCUGGAGAGAUGCCCUACGUAUGCCAGGUGUGUAGGUUCCGCUCGUCCUUCUACUCAGAGGUGAUGGAUCACUUCCAGGAGGCCCACAGCGACACGUCCCACCUGCAGUGUCCAUACUGCCUCCGAGUGUUCCGCAGCGCAGCCAACUACCAGCACCACUACAGCAGGCACCAGAAGAAGACGGUGUUCAGCUGCGAUAGCUGCCGCCUCCACUUCCUGUUUGCUAAGGAGCGAGCGGAACACAAGGCCCAGGACCACAGGACCCACGUCAAACCCAGACAGCUGGAGGGCCUCAAGCCUGGCACCAAGGUGACCAUCAGGACUUAUGCAGCUGCGGACGCCACGCACGAGGUCCAUGGGUCCCUGGACCACCCCCCUGCCUCCCCCCAGGUGAUCGAGGUGCCCCCUGGGCCGCAGACCUCCAAGUCCCCCCAGAGGAAGCCCCCAGAGAGCCAGGUGGAGCUCCUCGUGGGCUUCCAGAAGCGCAGUCCCGUCUCUGAGAGGCAGAACUGUGUGGAGUGUGCCUUCUCCAUCCCCGACUUUGCCAACCACUUCCCCACCUACGUGUGCUGCUCCCUCUGUCGCUUCCGCACAUGCUGCUCCCGCUCCUACGCCAAUCACAUGAUCAGUAACCAUGUGACCCGUAAGACCACCACCAAGUAUGAGACCUUGUACACUUCCUACCCCAGGGAGAGCAAGAUGAGGUGCACGUCGUGUGGUUACUCCUCCACCAUCGGAGACAUGAUGGCCAACCACCUGACUGACCACCCUGAACACCUGGUCUGCAGCUUCAACGAUGGACCUGAUUUGAUAUACGACCCAUACCCAGCCCCUUCAAGCGUUCCCUCCUCCCCGGUGUCUGGCUCCUUCAUCCCCCUCCACCUCUCCAGCAGCACUCAGGUCUCCAUCAAGGCCCUGCUGCCCUCGUCCCGGCCGCCCACGCCCGCCCCCUCGCCCCCCGCCUUCACCAUCAGGCUGCUGGGCUCAAUGGCCUCCAUCAGGGACGGCGUGAGGGAGGGGCACCCGGAGGGCCAGGAGCCGGGGAAGGAGCUCCCUCCGCAGGGGAAGAAGGCUCUUCUGGAGGCGGUGGCCAGGUACCGGUCCUCCGCCGCCUCCUCCGUGUCCUCCUCCUCCUCGGCGCCGCUCCACAAGCCCCUGACGGUGCGCCAGCUGAGCAUCGUCCUGUACGCGCUCUGCAACGGCCUCCCCCAGGCCUCCCUGCGCUACGGGGCGCGGCCCUACGCAAUCCGGGCCUGGGCCCAGCACCAGGACCGCCUGAGGCUGCUGAAGGAGUGGCGCUGGUGCUCGGACCGCAUCGCCGAGUGGGUCCUGAGCCGGCGCGAGCAGCAGCUGCCCGUCAACGAGGACAACCUCCUGCAGACGGCCACCGACGCGCUGGAGGAGGCCCGCGACAUCGCCGACUUCUACGAGUGGGCGGUGGAGUUCAUGCUGCGCCACAACCUGGGCCUGCAGGCGUCGCUGGCGUCGGCCGUCAAGCCGCCGCUGCCGCGGAACGUGUUCGAGAGCACGCGCAUCUUCACGCGCUUCGUGGCCAAGCAGGUGCGCGCCCAGGGCCACAAGCCGGGCGACAUGGCCGCGCUGGACGAGCUGGCGCUGUUCGUGGACGGCGGGCUGCUGGCCGAGGGCAGCCCCGCCGCCCUGCAGAUGUUCGGGGAGGGCGAGGCGUCCCUGGACGUGCUGCUGGCCGCCUGCGCCGACGGCACCCUGCUGAGCCCCGUGGUGUUCCUCCGGGGCGAGCUGCCCGCCGCCCACGAGACCGUCCCCGGGUCGGUGCUGGUGGAGGCGCGGGCCGAGGGCUUCAGCGACGCCCAGCGGCUGCAGCUGUGGCUGUCCAGGGUGUGGGGGCGGCAGGAGCGGACGAGCAAGGCGCUGCUGGUCAUGGACACCCACCGGGGACACCUGGCCAACGACUUCCUGGCGGCCCUCAGCCGGACCGCCACCGUCCCCGCCGUCAUCCCCAUCGGCUGCUCCUCCCGCCUGCAGCCGCUGGAGGUGUGCGUGGGGCCCGUGCUCCGCGAGUUCCUGCAGGCGCGCUGGCGCCACCUGGUGGCCGGGGGCGGCGGCGCGGGCCUGGGGCUGGGGGGCCUGGCGGUGAAGGUGGCCGGCUGGCUGGGGGAGCUGGUCGCCUGCCUGGGGGAGAGGCCCCGGAUCCUGGCGCGCUCGUUCAACAUCGUGUGCACGCCGCCGCUGGAGGAGGUGGAGGACGAGGCGGCCGACAUCAGCCGGGUCCUCACGGAGGUUCUCAUUGGCUCCCUGGAGGAGGAGCAACUGGGCGAAGAGGAGAAGGAGGAUGAAGAGGACGAGAAGGAGGAGGAGGGUGAGGAGGAGGACGAAGAAGAUGAGGAGGAAGAGGAGAACAGCUCAGCCGGUGAUCCAGUGCGAGUAAAAGUGGAGGACAGGGGGAGGGACGAGUCGGCGCAGGAGAAACGGGAAGAGACGGCCGGUGAGGAGGGGGGGAGAGAGGCGGCGGGGAGGGCCCAGGGUGAGAGCCCCUCCCUCCAGGGAGACCUGCAGGCCAUCAGGCAGGUGUUUGAGAGAGACAGUGACCUGGAGUCCUUCCACGGCUUCGAGGAGAAGGAGGUCACUCCGUACAUGAAGACGCGCUCCUCUGCUUCUCUCCAGAAGAACAAACCCUAGUGGGACCCCUGCGUCCAAUACACACUAGUCUGUAUGCUAUACUGACCGUACAGUACCAAUAUACUGUAGUGGUACCAGACCACUGGUUAAAUAAAGAAAAACCCAUCAACACUACUUCAGAUACUAAACCCAGUGCUUUGAGACCAUGUGACUACAGACUUAAGUCCUCAUUGGGGGCCCCCGCAUCUCCAUGACGACGACCCCAAACUCACCCAGCUCUCGUGAGAGCAUGAUGCUAGCAGUCUCCUUGACGACAGGCCACUUAACAAUAACUUUAUCAUGUGUGUAAUUCUUUUUUUUUGUAUGAUGAACAGCUGUGUGAAUGUUGUUUCCUGCACUGUGUUGGAAUCCUGUAGGAAUGUUAAAAUAAAGUAUGUACAUGUGACGUUACUAUGGAAACCUUCCUUUCUCUGUAGCUGGUCAGCCAGACAGUGUCUCUCCCCUCCAGGAGACACGUUUCACUGGCCUUACUGAAUGUUACUGAAUGUUAAUCCCACCUGGGCCAAGACAGACUCCAGAUUAUGUUUUCCAUCAUGCCUUUUGCUGAGCCUAUAAAUCUGCAUGUUCACUACCAAACCAUGCUUAGAGUACAAUCUCCACUGCCGUCCCAAGUUGAAAAGUUUGGUUUGAUUCAUCAGUAUACAUUGUGAAUCCAAUCAUAGUAAUUCUGAUUUUGUUGUAUCCUUCCUUACUGCUUUGUAUAUACUGUCGUCUUUUGUAUUCUGUUGGUGUAAAUAAAGAUUCUAGGCUGCUG